GUCAAGGUCGGUAAAUAAACUUACAAGUUUCCACGUCUGAAAUGGAAAACUCUGUUCUUUUAUACAGAUAUUUGUUGAGAGUAAUAAAACAGUUACCAACCAAGACGCAGGCUUAUUACAAGCACCAUGUGCGCCAGGGAUUUAGAAGUCAUGCAGAUGAAAACGACGCCGAGCGAAUUCAACAGAUCAUCAAACGUGCGAAGGAAGAUGCCGAUACAACAAAUGAAGUGUUUAGUACAAGAGCGAACUGCACAGUUCCAACUGUGACACACAGAGCGAUGUUUACGACGUCACUGCCGUCUGCGAUGUUUACGACGUCACAGUCGUCUGCGGUGUUAAUACAGGCGUCCAUCUUAAAGGUGUGUCCAUCAUCAUAAAGAUGUGUGUGUGUGUGGUGAAUUCACUUUGGAGACACAACAAACUGGGUUUCGAUUGUUUGAUACCGGUUGCUGUUUCGACAGUCAGUGUUUUAAAAACAUUUCACUUUCAUUUGAGAUAAAGGCAGAUUCACACGACACCUCACCUACCAGAUUGUUGUUUUAAAGGGAUAUCCCCGAGUUUGCAACCAUUGUAAAAUAUUUCCAAAUAAUAAUAAUAAUUUUAAUAACUAAGAUUACAUCUUGAAUAAAGAUUAUAAUUUAGAAUCUCAGUUUCUGUAUAUCGAAUGUGUUUCUGGCCUAGUGCUUAUAAAACUUUGAGUCUAGACAUGUAAUCUUAGUUGUUAAAGGGACAUUCCUGAGUUUGCUGCAUUGUAAGAUGUUUCUAACUAAUAAAAUAUUUCUACUAUUAAACUACUAUAUAUUUUCUUGUUUAGAAUAUUAGUGAAUGUAUAUUCUAUGU